AUGCAGCGGGCGGCCGCAGGUGGCCUCGACGUCGCGGAGGAGUUCGCCGUUCUCGGGGCGCUUGGCCAGCACCCGAACGUCGUUCGAGCCUUCGCCGUUCUCAGCAGUUCGCUCGGAAGGCCAGCUCUGGUCCUCGAGUGGGCAACGGAGAGCCUGCAGCAAAUGGCUCGCAGGCUGAAGGACGACCGCCUGGAGACCUCGCCGGCCGGGCGAAGGUCGCUGCUCAACCUCUUUCAGCAGUUCGUUGUCGGCCUCUCCUACGUGCACAGCCGCUCGUUCCUGCAUUUGGACGUCAAGCCCACGAACAUCCUGGUCUUCGAUGGCGUUCGUGCAGCAGUUGCAAAUUUCGGCCACUCGGAGCACGUUUCGGACACUGGCUGCACGGUGAUCGGCAAUCGGGUCUACACCGAGGCCUUUCGCUGUGCGGAGUGCCUCAUGGCGGCCGAUCGGAAGGUACGUGUGACGUUCGCCGGCGACGUUUGGGCGGCCGCUGUCUCGUUGUUCGAGAUCUGUUGCCCCAAAAAGGCCUCGCUGUGGACAAUCCCACCUGCGACGUUCCUCCGGGACACCGAGGAGCAGACGGCCAAGGCCAUUCGGGAGAUGGCCCUCGCUAAGAGCUCCAAGGUCAUGCCGUACGAUGAGGUCGUUUUGGAGGUCCUGAAGCAGACCUUCGUGCCGGCCAAUCGACGGCUAGCUUUGCCAGGCCUGCUGAAGAUCAUCCAAAAAGCCGUUCGGUCAGCACGACCCCCGUGCCGUCUCGACUGA